AUGCAACUUUAUCCCAUUAACACUGCCCUGUUACAGGAGCGGGGAAAUGAGAGAAAUAGCGGGAAUGAGAGAAGUGAGGUGCAUGAGAGGAGUUGGGGGUAUGAGGGGAGUGCGGGGUAUGAGAGGAGUGCGGGGUAUGAGGGGAGUGCGGGGUAUGAGAGGAGUGCGGGGUAUGAGGGGAGUGCGGGGUAUGAGGGGAGUGCGGGGUAUGAGGGGAGUGCGGGGUAUGAGGGGAGUGCGGGGUAUGAGGGGAGUGCGGGGUAUGAGGGGAGUGCGGGGUAUGAGGGGAGUGCGGGGUAUGAGGGGAGUGCGGGGUAUGAGGGGAGUGCGGGGUAUGAGGGGAGUGCGGGGUAUGAGGGGAGUGCGGGGUAUGAGGGGAGUGCGGGGUAUGAGGGGAGUGUGGGGUUUGAAAGGAGUGGCACCUGUCUGGUGCCUCCCCACCUCUUCCCAACAUCCGCCUCACUCCAGGGAAUUCAGGCACAGGGGAUUCAGGCACAGGGGAUUCAGGCACAGGGGAUUGAGGCACAGGGGAUUGACGCAGAGGAUUCGGUCACUGGGACUUUAGGAAUUUCAGGCACAAGGCAUUCAGCAGCAGGGUAA